AUGGACGACGACUUUCUUAACGGCGAUUGGGGUGCUCAAACCGCCAACUUCGAAGGUCACAUGGUUGAACCCGAUGCAGCUACUCAACGACGUCGACAGCUGUUGGGACGUCGAGGCCGUGAAGGCGACGAAGUUGAGGCUCGUACGACGCGGUCAGCAGCCCGACUUCCUCACGAGCUCAUCGACUGGCCGGAGGUCUCGCUCGCCCAAGCAAGCCGGGUCCGCGAGACCAUGUGGGAUGCCUACGACAACUACCACCGCAUGCAGCCGUUGUCCGCUCCGCAGUUAUCAACAACGUUCACUGGUCUCAUGAGCGGGCUGUGGCGUGCGUUCAAUCUUCCCGGGAGCACAAAGCGAGUCAAGCCGAUUGAGUGCAUCGGAGACGCCGUUGAUGGUCUCACAAGCCGGCAUCAACAGCGUGAACAUAUCGACUUCCGGGAAAGUUGCGUGAUGCCAUGUCCCAUUCACAGCAAGCGUGCCUCAUCGGCGGUGCCUUCUCGUGCACAAGCCAACUUGAUGUGCUCCAGAUACGCCGCUUGUAGCAUACGAGAGUGUGUGCUGAAGCUUUGA